CCAUGUCAUGGAAAAGGGAAGGCGGAGGAAGAGGCGUUUGUUACCGAAAUUUUGCUUACGAGCGGCUGAAAGUUCGAAGGAUCGAAACACGACAUGAAAACAAAUAGUGGCACGCGAAGGACGCGUGAUAACAGGUUUCUGUGCCAAUCAAAAUUCGCCACGUGAAGAAAGGAAUAGAUCAUCGACGUGUCUCCUAAAGGCGUUUGGCUUCUCACUAUUCGACAAGCGCGUGUCCAAAAAGGACGAAGAGCCUUUUUCGUACCUCAGUAAAGGAUUUUCCUAAAUUGACCAAAUCAGCUGUUUUGCAACGCGUUGCUGUUUUCUACAUGACCAAAUCUAUGCCGCAAUAGUCACAGACUAUGAUAAUACAUAUAUCAUAAAUAUCUCAUUAAAUAAUUUUAUUAUUAAAAGACUCAAGCUCUUUAUAGCUGAAUAGUUUGUGAAAAAAGUCGAGUGAUAUUAUAUUUGAAGUGGUGAUUGUAUAUAUUUAAAAAAUACUGCAUAAUGGUUCGACAAGUUUUUAGCGGUUCUAUGAUUCAUGCACAUGACAAUGGAGAAGUAAUUUUUCGGCAGUGGGCUGCAAUAUUUGUGGAGGAUGGCAAGAUUAUUAAUGUUAUGGAAAAUCACGAUCAACAGACGAUAGAUGAUUUUCAUGCAGACAAAGUUAAUAAUUUAUUACCAGGGCAAUUUAUAAUACCGGGAUUUAUCGAUUGCCAUACAUACGCAGUGCAAUAUCCGAAUAUUGGAAUUGGUUAUGGUGUCCGUCUUUUAUAUUGGCUGGAAAGUCGUACUUAUCCAUUGGAGGAGGAAUAUGUUAAUCAACAUUUUGCAGAAGAAGCGUUUGAUGAUGUUGUGAAAUUAACUUUAACAAGUGGUACAACAACAGCAUGUUAUUCUGGAUCUCUGUAUCACGAGGCAUCAACGAUUCUCGCGAAGAAAUGUUCAGAGAUUGGUCAACGGGCUUUCGUCGGAAAAAUAAACAUGAACACGGCACGAGAUGAUGGAUAUUAUGAAAGUACGGAAAUAUCAAUCGCGAAUACUAAGGCCUUUAUAGAAUCUGUUGAAAACAUGAAUAAUCCUCUUGUGCAACCAAUUAUUACACCAAGAUCUGCAUUGACCUGCGACAUGGAAUUAUUGCAAAGUUUGGAAAAGAUUGCUGCAGAUAAAAAUUUACGUAUACAGAGUAACAUUUCUCAAGACCCAGACGAAGUAAAAGCAGUGAAACAUAAAUUUGGAUUACCGACAUACACAGAUGUUUACAAAACCGCUGGUCUUCUUAGCUUGAAGACAUCAUUAGCACAUGGUAAUAAUCUAUCCGAUUAUGAACUUAAAACACUUGCAAGAACAGGAACAACUAUAAUUCACUGUCCAACUUCGAAUAUAAAUCUGGAAAGUGGUCUUUGUGAUGUGCGAAAAAUAAAGAAUAGAAAUAUCGUCGUCGGACUUGGAACCGAUAUCUCAGGUGGAUCAAAUCUCGACAUAUUGAAUGAAAUGAAAUCGGUUUUAGAUGUAUCAAAUACUGUAGCUACUUUUUCGGGAGAUAAAGUAUCACGUUAUGUGCCACUUAAUUACAAAGAUGUCUUCGUUAUGGCAACAAUAGGAGGUGCUAAAGCGCUUUCGAUUGAAGACAAAGUCGGUAAUUUCAAGAAAGGCAAAGAAUUUGAUGCUCUCAUCAUAGAUUUGAAUGCAGAAGAGAGCUUCAUAGACAAUUUCAGAGAAUACACACUCGAGGAAAGACUCCAAAGAUUUAUAUAUUCCGGCACUUUCCAUAAUAUAAUAUCAAUUUAUGUAAAAGGCGAAAAAAUUGAUUUCGAAAAGCCUAAAAAGCAUUUUACUUUAUAAGCUGUUACGUUUUUACACU